CGUCCCCAUCCCAUCCCGUUCUCUUUCAAUUCGUUCCUCCACCCAGGCGGCCAUCGCUCGUCUCCUCUCGGCGAGGGGCAGACCUCUUCAGAUCACCGCCCGGCCGGACGUGGAUUCUACUCUUCAUCUGCCGUUUGUUGCCGUCGCAUCGAUCAAUGGCUUGAUUUUUAUCGCCGUCGUCGCGGUGUUGUUUUUUCAGAGCUCAAGAUCGACAUCGACGCCAUAGCACCUCCUGUUGCAGGUUGUAGUAGAUAGACGAUACAUAUAGAGCAGUGACUCUAGCUAGCUAGCUAGCUAUAGCUAAGGGCAAGUGAAGAUGCUGGCAUGCAUUGCGUGCUCGUCGAAGGAAGGCGGAGAGGACGGCUCCCGUGCCGCGGCCACGACGCCUCACGGCAAAGAAGCCGUCAAGUCUCUCACCUCACAGCUCAAGGACAUGGUGCUCAAGUUCUCCGGCUCCAGCAAGCAGUGCAAGGGGACGACGGCCGGGACCCAGUCGUUCAGGAGCGGUGGGGGCAGCAGGUACCGCCGCCCGGCCUACCCCAGCUUCAUCGACGACACCGGCUUCACGCCGGCGAGCAAGGUUCUCGGCGAGGACUACUACCCAAGGACCGCAUUGGCGCCAGGGGCAGGCGGCGCCGCCGGUGGUGGGGCGCGAACCGCGCCGUCGGAUACGUUGGACAUGACCAGGAGCAACCGCAAGAGCCCCGGGAUUAGCGGCUGGAUUCCGAGCAAGGAGGCGGCGGCCGACGAUGUCAUCGUUGUGGAGGACGCCGCCGUGCCCAGGGAGUGGACGGCGCAGGUGGAGCCUGGCGUCCAGAUCACCUUCGGCACCAUCCCGAGCGGCGGCAACGACCUCAAGCGCAUCCGCUUCAGUCGGGAGAUGUUCAAUAAGUGGGAGGCGCAGCGGUGGUGGGGCGAGAACUACGACCGCAUCGUGGAGCUGUACAACGUGGUGACGUUCAGCGGCCGGCAGCAAGGGUGCUCCACUCCGGUGUCCUCCGUCGACGACUCCGUGUUGAGGGACUCGUCCUACUCCCUUGGCGGCUCGACGAGCAGGGGCAGCCCGAUCACAGUGCCGCCGCCACCGCCGCCGCCACUACCGCCGGUGGCAAGCAAAGAACAGCUCGGCCGGAGUGUGUCGUUCAAGGCAACGGCAGGGUCCGGGUCCUCGUCAGCACCGUACGCGGCCGCGCAUUCCACCAGGCAGGAGGCAUACUUCCCGUCCGCGGCCGUGCCUGACCCGUCGGACCACGUCUGGGCGCACCACUUCAACAUGCUCAACUCCGCGGCGUCGGUGGCCGGAACGUCCGCGAUGGGCGGCGGCGGGGGCCCGUCGUCCUACGACCCGUCGCGCGCCACCACAUCGUCCCGGGACGAGGCCGCUUCCGUGUCCCUCAGCAACGUCAGCGACCUGGAAGCCACGGAGUGGAUCGAGGAGGACGAGCCGGGCGUGUGCCUCACCAUCCGCGAGCUCGGCGACGGCACCCGCGAGCUCCGCCGCAUCCGCUUCAGCCGGGAGAGGUUCGGCGAGGAGAGGGCAAAGGUGUGGUGGGAGCAGAACCGAGAGAGAAUACAAGCUGAAUAUCUGUAGCAAGCGAUCAGACAAGAGCUGAUGGCAAUUUUCAGGCCUGACUGGAUAAUCAAAUAUGUUUUGGGGAUAGAUUAGGGAGAUGAUACCGCUAUACAUGGUGAAAAGAAUGUGAAGGGUGAAACUGUGAAAGUGAAAGAAAUGGGAGAUGGUACCUGUCUUUAGUUACCUAAACUAAACUAAUAAUAAGGUUGUACAUUGUUGGUACCGUGUCUGGUUUAAAGUUAUUUUGUAAUGUACAUCUUGGUUUCUUCGUUGGUCUAA